CUUUAUUUAUACCCCGCCACCAUCUCCCCAACGGGAACUCGGGGCGGCUUACAUGGGGCCAUGCCCAAAACCAUACAAUAUGACAGAAUAUAAAACAACAUAUCAUAAACAAUUUAACAAUACAAUAAAUAAUAACAUACAUUACAACCCAAAAUUCAGAAAAAGCAAUAAAAACCAGGGCAGGCCACAUGAACACUAAGUUAAAACUCGGUGAGAAAGACAUAUGAAUAAAACCACGGGGAGCAGGGACAUAAAAUAGUGGAAACAGUCUAGAGGAUAGAUGUCUAUGUUAAUGUCGCCCGAAUGCGAUGUUCUCCUUGGCCAGAGAGCAAUGCGCUCCAUGCCAUGACUCCUGAACAAAUAUGAAGAAAAGAAGGCGUGGAUAAGGAUAGGAUUGGCUAGACAGCGAGACGGCCGACCAGUUUAUUGGCUAUACAGAGAGGGAACCUCAUAGUGGAAAUAGCUGUGGCCUGUCCCAAAAAAGUAUAUCUCUAGUGGAUCUGCUGGACAGCUUAGCUGCGACGAUUGAGUCUUGCCCUGACCCACGACGACGCAGCUCCAUACGUCCUCUGUCGUCAGCGAUGGAAGGGUUAAACGCCAACAGCUGGGUCCUGAAAUCUCCUUUCAGCAUCACCAACCUCCUCCAAGAUGUGGCCUCAAGCGAUGUUCCCCGGGGACCUCUAUCCUCCUCCUCAUCAUCAUCACCUUCGUCAAUGGGGGACGAGGCCGUUGAAGGACACCCGAAGACGAGACCGGGGGAACGGCGUCAAGGGAAAGAGGAAAAGCCACCGUUCAGUUACAACGCCUUGAUCAUGAUGGCCAUCCGCCAGAGCCCUGGGAAGCGGCUCACGCUCAACGGCAUCUACGAGUUCAUCAUGAGGAGCUUCCCCUACUACAAGGAGAACAAGCAAGGCUGGCAGAACUCCAUCCGGCACAACCUCAGCCUCAACAAGUGCUUCGUCAAGGUGCCCCGGCACUACGACGACCCCGGCAAAGGCAACUACUGGAUGCUGGACCCUUCCAGCGAAGAGGACGUCUUCAUCGGAGGGGCCACCGGCAAGCUGAGGAGGAGGUCCCCAAGCUCUCAGGCCAAGCUGGCAUUCAGGAGAGGACAAAGGUUAUCCUCAGCCGGGGUGACCCUCUCAGGGUCCUUCUACUGGCCCUUCCCCCCUUUUUAUGGGACAUCCUCAGCUUUCCUGGGUCACCACCAACCUGGUUCCUUCUCGUCUACGUUCCCCCAUCAGGUCCCAACUCCUUCGGGGAUCCAGAGACAAAUGGACGGAGCAGAAGACCCUUACGGGAGUCACCAACACGUCGCCGCAACCAUGUUGGCCUCGGCCGUACCCCGCUGCCUCUCUGCAGCCGAACCUUUGGACUCCUAUUCAGUGAACUUUGUGGCCGGCCAAACGAGUUACGUUUUGUCUCCGAGGCACACUUUGCCAUUCGGGUUUCAAGCCGGCCUUCUGUCAAAAUCCACUGGAAGUGUCUUCCACGGUGGUCCUCUGGCUUUCCCUGGACAACUUUCCCCCGAAGCCCCAAGCUAUUUCCCUUUUCAGAACCACGGCGCUCCAUUUCAUCCUUGAUUAUAUUGCCUUCCUUUAGAGCCGCCCGGCAGUCUUCAAAUCUAUGCGUUGAAAAUCAGAACAACCAGACUAUAUUGAUGAGAAUCCUCUUGAGAAAUUUGGACUCGUGCAUAAUCCUAUCUUUUUUCUAUAUUUUUUUAGGAUGGAAGCAGAGCAUCAUUCUUUGUGUGCUUCUUCUUCUAAUUCAGCUUCGGGAUCACAAAGAAGUCAGCAACCUUCUCACUUGGAUUCAGUACCCACUUUCCCAUUUUUUUUUUUUGGACUGGUGCUAUUUGGUUAAAGGGAGACAGAAUUGCCCCAGCAGAAUUAUUUCCGUACUUUCUUCAAAUUUUCCUUUCUAGCACUAUUGAUUAGCAAUCUGAUUGGUAAACCAUCCCUUUUACAGGCACAAAUUUACAGUGGAGAGGAAGUUUGUUGUAUCGCUCUGUCUAUUGAAUAUUUGCUUUUUUAUCAUUUUGGAUGCAGGUUGGUGGGAUUGGAACAUGAAAUGCUUAAAUCAUCAUCCUGUAAAAUGUUAAUUUUGCUUGGUUGUGCUGUGAAGUUAUUCUUCGUAAAAGGAUUUCCGCUGCUUGGUUUGUAAUCCGAAGAGUUCUGAGUUUGCCGCUCAACCUUCAAGCGAGGCUCGUAUCGAAAUCAACUGGAAAUCUCUCCCUCAAAUUGCAUCCUCCAUUCAUGUUGGACUAUAACUUUUGUAAGAUCUCUGAGUUCUUAGAAGUCCCAUUUGUUCUUCCAGUCUGCCCAGUCAAGAAGUUGAGGCUAAGCCAUGGCUAGGAAGGUGAGCCCAAAUUCUGAUUUUAGCUUUACAAGAACGACCAACGGGAAAGAUGUCAUCCUAGGAAAAGGCCAUCAAACAUAUAACAAUAGCACUCUAGGAAAUUGAGAUGUCUUCAUUCCUCAAAACAAUCCCUGCUUAUAGUGUAGGGACCGGAACUCAGAGCGUGGGUUGGUCUACAAAUCCCAACAACUGGCCUCAAAAGGAAGAAUCAUAUUAUCAUGAAUAUUAUUUUGUUAUGGAUUAUCUGGCAAUGAGAACCAGCCAGACUUUGCUUGGUCCAUUGGAUCAAACAUUUCGUCUACAUCAACAGUCAUAGGGAGCUGCGGUGGAGCAAUGGGUUAAACCCUUGUGCUGGCUGAACUACUGACCUCAAAGUCAGUGUUUCGAAUCCGUGAGACGGGGUUAGCUCCCAUCUGUCAGCCCCAGCUUCCCAUGCAGGACAUGAGAGAAGCCUCCCAGUAGGAUGGUAACACAUCUGGGCGUCCUCUAGGCAACAUCCUUGCAGACAGCCGAUUUUCUCACACCAGAAGUGACUUGCACUAUGUUCACUUCUGACACAAUUAAAAAAAAACAGUCAUAUUCAAGAUACUCCAAGGAAGCUCACAACGUAAUAAUACAAAGUGAUCUACAAUAUCCCAUAAUCAAAGGGAUGCUUUUUUAUAUAAGAAAGAACAUG